AUGACGACAACGCAACUGUCUCCUUGUGCGUUGUCGGCUAGUUAGCUUUGGGUCGGGGACGGCUGACGACAAGUUGGCUCUCAUCGAGGCAUUUCACCUCAAUCGGACGUGACAGUCCGCGACGUGAGUAACAUUGAGCUGCUUGAGUUCGGAGCUGCGGUGUGGUUUCAUCCUCUUGACGCGAUUGUCGUGUCGAAACGCACCAGUGAUCGUCAACCCGCCCGGUGUCCCGGCAGGCUAACGCGCUAGCCGCGGUGCUAAGGCUAGCUGACAGGUCCAGCCUGAACAUGGAAUCCAUGCUGAACAAGCUAAAAAGCACUGUCACCAAGGUGACAGCAGAUGUCACCAGUGCUGUCAUGGGCAACCCGGUGACACGGGAGUUUGAGGUUGGACGACACAUCGCCAGCGGCGGUCCCGGCAUGUGCUGGAGAAUCUACAAUGGCACCAAGAAGUCCACCAAACAGGAAGUGGCAGUGUUUGUGUUCGAUAAGAAGAUGAUUGAUAAGUAUCAGAAGUUUGAGAAGGACCAAAUCAUUGAUUCGCUGAAAAAAGGGGUGACACAGCUGACCAGACUGCGUCAUCCCCGUCUCCUGACCGUGCAGCAUCCUCUGGAAGAGUCACGGGACUGCCUGGCGUUCUGCACGGAGCCAGUUUUUGCGAGUCUGUCCAAUGUGCUGGGCCAGUGGGACAACCUGCCCAGCCCCGUGCCCAACGACAUCAAGGAGUACAAACUCUACGAUGUGGAGACCAAGUAUGGUCUGCUCCAGAUGUCGGAGGGCUUGUCCUUUCUCCACAGCGGGGUGAAAAUGGUUCAUGGUAACCUGUGUCCAGAGAACAUCAUCCUCAACAAGAGUGGAGCAUGGAAGAUCAUGGGCUUUGACUUCAGCAUCUCCUCAAUAAACUCCUCAGACGCUGAGCCCAAGUACACGUGUAAAGAGUGGGAGCCCAACCUCCCUCCACUCUGCCUCCCAAACCCUGAGUACCUGGCCCCCGAGUACAUCCUGUCCGUCAGCUGUGACGCUGCCUCCGACAUGUACUCCCUGGGUGUGGUCAUGCAUGCCAUCUUCAAUGAGGGCAAGCCCGUCUUCCAAGUCAACAAGCAUGACAUUUUUAAGAGCUUCAGCAGGCAGCUGGACCAGCUGAGCAGCAUCAGUCCAACAGUGCUGAACAAGAUCCCAGAGGCGGUGCGGGAGCACGUCAAAAUGCUGCUCAGUGUCACGCCCAAUGUCCGGCCCGAUGCCGACCAGAUGACCAAGAUUCCAUUUUUCGACGAUGUGGGUGCCAUUACUCUCCAGUACUUUGACUCCCUCUUCCAAAGGGACAACCUACAGAAGUCUCAGUUCUACAAAGGCCUCCCCAAAGUCCUGCCCAAACUACCCAAGAGAGUGGUGGUAUAUCGAAUUUUGCCGGCGUUGACCUCUGAGUUCGUCAACCCGGACAUGGUUCCCUUCGUGCUGCCCAAUGUGCUGCUGAUCGCCGAGGAGUGCACAAAGGAGGAGUACAUUCGUCUCAUCUUGCCCGACCUCUCACCUGUUUUCAAGCAGCAAGAGCCAAUUCAGGCGAGUAACAUGAUCCUGCUGAUCUUCCUGCAGAAGAUGGACCUGUUGCUGACCAAAACGCCACCAGAGGAAAUCAAGAACAGUGUGUUGCCCAUGGUCUACAGAGCUCUGGAAGCACCUUCUGUACAGAUCCAGGAGCUUUGCCUGAACAUCAUCCCGACGUUCGCCAACCUGAUCGACUACCCAUCAAUGAAGAACUCCCUCAUCCCUCGAAUCAAAUCGGCCUGCCUACAGACCUCCUCACUCGCUGUACGAGUGAACUCUCUGGUGUGUCUGGGGAAGAUUUUGGAAUAUCUGGACAAGUGGUAUGUCAUUGAUGAGAUCCUGCCCUUCCUACAGCAGAUCCCCUCUAGAGAACCAGCAGUGCUCAUGGGCAUUCUAGGAAUCUAUAAAUGCACCUUCAGCCACAAGAAGCUGGGCAUUCCCAAAGAGCACCUUGCCAGCAAGAGCCUGCCCCACCUCGUAUCUCUUAGUAUAGACAACAACCUCAACCUGAAUCAGUUUAACUCGUUCAUGGUGGUCAUACGUGACAUGCUGGGUCGCAUGGAGGCUGAACACAAGACCAAGUUGGAGCAGCUGCACAUCAUGCAGGAGCAGCAGAGGAGUAUGAACCCAUCCAUUUCAAACCCAGGGAACAAAUCCGAGGAGACUCAAAGUCCGCCACGCUCUGGCAACCAGGUUGAAGAUAUCUUUGGCAGUACGGGGGUUAACGGAAAAGAGAAUGGGUCUGUAACAGCAGGGGCAGCAUCACAGCCUAACAGAAUGUCCCUGACUCUGGAGGAGAAACAGCGAUUGGCUAAGGAGCAGGAGCAGGCGGCUAAACUGAGGAACCAGCAGCCGUUGGCACCGCAGACUAUCAGACCAGCCUCCACCGCCAACUCACAGGCGAAGGAUCUGACCAGCAGCCUUCUCAACAACAUAACAUCACUAAACAGCCUGUCCUUGGCCAACACGGCACGACCAGCCCCGGUGCAGGGCGCCACCAUCGCUGCCUUCCCCGCCUCCAGCCCCAUGGUCUCUAAUGGCUUCAAUCCACCUAUGGGCUUCCAGACGGGAGGCAUGGGGAUGGGCAUGCGGCCCCCAGGCGGAGGCCUCUAUGGCGGCAUGGCCACCACCACCAGCACCCCAAACUUUGGCGCGCUCACACAGAAUCACGUCUCCGUCGGGCAGACGAAUAAAGCGCCCAACAUGGCAGCCUUGGACAGUCUCUUUACACCCAGCAAGCCCAAAGUCAGCCUCAACCAAAUGGGUCCCACGGCUGCACCUGGAACCAACACCCCCUGGCUCAAUCAGUACGGUUCCGCCCAGACGGCUCAGACUCAGUUGCAGGGUGUGUCAGCAGGUAUGGGAGGGGUGCCCACUGGGUUCGGGAUGCAAGCUAACCCUUUCUUCAGCCCACAGAACUUUUCUCAACCUGCCGCCACCCCUAGUAUGAACCAAAGUGGAGUCAAACAUAGCGCCUCCGUCAACAACGAUCUGAAAGACUUAUUUGGCUAAAUCCAAGGGAAAGAUGCCCCGGGUUAAGUAUAUUGUUAUAAUAACUUUGGACAGAAGAGCCAGGAAUUCUCACAGAAAUAGACACUGAUUGAAUGUGAAGAUUUGAAAUCCCUUCAAGGAUGUUGCUGUCUGUAUUUUUAAAUGCGAUCCUGGUUUAAAUUCUGAAUCUCUCUAAGCUGCACCUGAAUUCCAUUUCUACCCGACCAGAAGGACAAAAAGGUUGUGGGUGGGAACUUCUACUUCUAUACUGUGUCCUAUAAACGCUGGGGGGCUUUCCUACUGUUUUGUACUUGACAUUCUUGGGAGUCCAAAUGUCAUGGGUUGAGAUGAAUCCCAACUUGGCUUAUUCAGGAAAGGCUUUGUGUUCAUAUCAUGAAUGAUUGAGUGGAUCGAGUGUCUGUCACUAAUCCCCCUAACAGUCAGAAUCACCCUCAAGAAAAAAAAGACGGGGAAAAAAAACGUUGCCUCCAUGCCACACAUCUGCUCACUUUCAGGCUGCUGUACCUUUUAUUGUUUCUCCAGACUAUUUUAGAUUUUGCUGCAUGUCUUGGCUGAUCACAGGGUUGACUUAAAAAAAACAAAAAAAAACAUAUAUAUACAGCAUACACCAAAAUGCCUGAGCCCAGUGGGAGGUGGCUUGAAGUGUAGCAAGCUUGCAGUUACUGAUGUGCAUCCCUCUGCAGUCCAUCUCCAUUAUAACUGUUUCUCUGCAGCACCUCCACUUUGAGAGCACAAGUUGGACUUUCUGGUCUGCUCUUCAUUUUCCCCCCUUUGGUUCCAGUGAAGCAAAGGGGGGAAGCGUCAUCUAAUUAAUUUAAAUAAUAAUUUAAUUGAAUAUUAAAGUGUUUAUAACCACUUCACCUCCAUUGUUGGCAAAAAUUACUUUUGUAUGAGUUUCUGUAAAUGUAGAAUGAAUGGACGUGUGUGUCUGUGUGUUAGGAUGUGUUGCGUAGCUUUUCAUAGCAACAAUGGAAGAGAAGAUCAUUAUGCGCUUGCUUAGGAAACUGUGCCUUAUAUGGGCACGUGAAACUAGACUGACGCCACUCAUCUGUUUCUCAAGUGUUAGCGUUCUUCCCUGUUAAAUCUAGCUGUCUGGCAUUGGCUUUUCAAAUGUACAUGCUUUGCUGCAUGUUACUGAACUCGACCACUUUUUCUAAUAAGCGUUCCCUAAUUAUGUCACCGACCAAAUUACAUUUUUAUUCCCCACAUCCAGCUGGACUUGCUCUCAAGUCCUUCAAUGUACAAUUGCUGUUGAUCUUGUACAGUCGAAGAAAUCGUUCUAUAUUUAGUUUUCAGCACUUUUUAAGGGGACCCCUGCUGGCGACAUAUGAUGAAGUGUAAAUAUAUAGUUAUUUAAAAAAAAAAGCUAUAGCUCGGCGAGGGCCCUGGCAUUUUUUUAUGUUUUGGUGAUAAUGGUUAAGAGGCCUUAGAUGAGUCGUGUGCAAUAAUCCGUCUCGGUUGUUGAGGGUGGAUAUCGAUUGACUCAAGCAGCUUUGUCCUGACGUUCAUCUCCCACGGCAAAGUUGAAGGUCUUUCUGAUUUGCUGUUCUCACAUCAAAUUCUCUAUUUUAAGGUUCCUAGAUGCACCUUGGCCACUGCUGACAGCGCUCUCUCUUAACACUCUGAAGCGUAACAUCUUUCUUUUUGGAUUAACUUCUGUUUUUGUGUAGUGAUGCCACCCACACAAGGUGAGCCUUCUCUGAAGCAGCAUGGCAGUGUUAUACACUUUUGUGAAUUUGGGUCUGGUGCAUUUCCACUUUUUUUUUUUUGUCAUACGACGACGCGUGCAUCUGUGAUUGGAUCUGUUUUCACCUGUAGAUCGACUCGCACUGUGAUUAUUGAUUUCAUCGCAAAACGGAUGUGACCUUUGGCAGAGCACCCCAAAAGCUGAAAACUUAAAAAAAAGAAAAAAAGAAAUCUUAUUCUUCUACAAGAUUGUUUGUAUACCACUGCUGUCAUGUAUGUGUUGUGUGGCCUGUGUUUUAUCUGUUGAGGUGCUGGUCUCUGAGGUGGAAAAUCUGUACAUAUAAAGGAAAGUACACAAUCUAA